UAUAUGUAAUCCAAUCAAUUAUCUUCUAUGUACACCUUUCUAUUUAUCAGGGAUUCAGGGUUGUUUUUGUAAGCUGAUCGAGCUAUAAUACAACAAGGGUUGCGAUCGAAGAACUAAAGUUAGUGUCGAGUAAUUAGUCAUCUUUAAACUCGAUUAUAAUUAAAAAGGAUGAGAUUUGCAGUGAUUGGUGGAGGAAUAAGUGGAUUAGGGGCAGCAUUUGAGCUAGCCAAAGCAGGAGUUGAAGUGGUGUUGUACGAGAAAGAGGAAUUGUUGGGUGGCCAUGCUCAAAUUGUUAACGUUAAUGGCAUCGAUGUAGACCUUAAUUUCAUGGUCUUCAACAGGGUUUCAUACCCCCAUACGGCAGAGCUCUUUGAUGGCCUCGGUAUUGACGUGGAUGCCUUUGACAUGUCAGUUUCUGUGAGUUUAGACAAGGGCCAAGGAUGUGAGUGGGGAAGCCGAAAUGGAUUCAGAAGUUUGUUAGCACAGACAACUAAUGCACUGAAGCCAAACUUUUGGAGGAUGGUCCAAGAAAUCAAGAAAUUCAAAGAUGAUGUGAUCAUGUACCUUGAUGGUCUUGAGCUUAAUCCAGAAAUCGACCGUGCUGAAACCUUUGGCCAUUUCAUCAAGUCUAGGAGUUACUCUGAGUUGUUCCAAAAAGCUUAUUUGAUUCCUGUAUUUGCUUCCUUCUGGUGUUGUUCAUCAGAGAGAGUGAUGGACUUCUCUGCAUUUUCGGUGCUUUCUUUCUGUCGCAACCAUCACCUGCUUGAGCUAUCCGCCGGUCCACAAUGGCUUUCUGUGAGCGGAGGCUCACAGCAAUAUGUGAAUAAGCUAAGAGAAGAGCUGGAGGUUAGAGGAAGUCAAAUAAGAACCAGCUGUGAAGUGAAUUUUGUUUCAACAAGUGACAAAGGAUGUGCAUUGCUUUAUGGGGAUGGGUCAGAGGAUUUAUAUGAUGGAUGCAUUAUAGCUGUGCCUGCUCCAAAUGCCUUGAAGAUAUUAGGAAAAGAAGCAACAGAUGACGAAACAAGAAUACUUGGUGCUUUACAAUAUGUCGGCAGGGAUAUAUUUCUUCACCGUGACAAAAAAUUUAUGCCCCAAAAUCCAGCAGCAUGGAGUGCAUUGAAUUUUCAGGGGAGCACAGACAAUACAGUAUGUUUGACAUACUGGAUUAAUGUGCUGCAGAAUAUUUCCAAAACAGACCAGCCUCUUCUUCUCACCAUUAAUCCACCUCAUCCACCAGAAAAUUUCUUGCUAAAAAGAUCAACCGGUGUUCUUGUACCUUCUGUUGCUUCAAUGAAGGCCUCACUUGAGCUUCGUAAUAUUCAAGGAAAGAGAGGAAUUUGGUUUUGCGGAACACGUCAUGGCAAUGGUUUUCAUGAGGAUGGAUUAAAGGCUGGCUUGAUUGCUGCAAAUGAUGUUCUUAAAAGGACCUUCCUUCCACUCCCAAACCCCAAAAAGAUGGCGCUUUCCUGGACUGAAGCAACAGCUCGACGUUAUAUAAUCAGAUAUCUUAAGAGUUUUAUUUCUGCUGGCUGCUUACUUUUGUUGGAGGACGGAGGCACAGUUCUGAAAUUUGAGGGUUCAGACAAAAGAUGUACUUGGAAAACUGCAAUAAGAGUGCACAAUCCUCAGUUUUACUGGAAGGUUGCUCUAGAGGCUGACCUAGGUCUCGCAGAUGCAUUUAUUAAUGGAGACAUCUCAAUUGUCGACAAGGAUGAUGGGCUCCUGGAUCUUUUCAGGAUCUUUCUUGCCAACAUGUAUCUGUAUCGUUGUGUGUCAAUGGAUGAGAAAAAGAGCUUUGAUUUCAAGGGCUGGUGGACGCCUAUGUUUUUCACGGCUGGGAUAGCUUCUGCAAAAUAUUUCUACCAACAUCUUUCUAGAAAAAACUCGGUUACAUUAGCCCGUCGUAAUAUUGCUCGCCAUUAUGACUUGAGUAAUGAAAUGUUUUCCCUUUUUCUGGAUGACACAAUGACAUAUUCUUGUGCGGUCUUUAAGUCGGAAGAUGAAGACUUGAAGGUUGCACAGCUUAGAAAACUCCAUCUUCUGAUAGAAAAGGCUAGAGUAGAGAAGCAACAUGAGGUCCUUGACAUUGGUUGUGGUUGGGGUAGCCUUGCUAUUGAAAUUGUAAAGAAAACUGGAUGCCGAUAUACUGGUAUCACUCUAGCUGAAGAGCAAUUAAAGUUAGCAGAACAAAGGGUGAAGGAGGCUGGCUUACAGGAUCACAUAAAGUUUCUUCUCUGUGAUUAUCGUCAGUUGCCAGCCUCCCACAAAUUUGAUAGGAUAAUAUCUUGUGGGAUGCUAGAACAUGUGGGAGAUGAAUAUUAUGAGGAUUUUUUCCGCCAUUGUGAAUCCCUUUUGGCAGAUACCGGACUUCUUGUCCUUCAGACCAUAUCGAUACCGGAUGAACGGUAUGACGGGCACAAGAAGAGUUCAGAUUUUAUGAGGGAAUACAUUUUCCCAGGAGGAUGCCUACCUUCUUUGAGCCGAUUGACAACAGCCAUGGCUUCUGCAUCUAGACUUUGUGUGGAACAUGUGGAGAAUAUUGGAGUUCAUUAUGGACAAGCACUAAGAUGCUGGAGGAAGAAUUUCCUGGAGAAUCAGGGCAAAAUUCGCUCACUUGGAUUUGAUGACAAGUUCAUGCGGGCAUGGGAAUACUACUUUGACUAUAUGGCAUCCAUGUUUAAGACCAGGACUCUCGGGGAUUACCAGAUUGUUUUCUCACGUCAAGGAAAUCUUGUUGCGUUCAGUGAUCCUUAUGAGUGCAUACCCUCCUCUCAUUCUUUCCCGUAGAAACAUAUACUGCUCAAUGCCGUUGCUGUAAGAAUAGCGAACCUGUCUGCUUCUGUCAGAGAUUUGAUAGUUGCUGAGCUGAUUCAGGCCUAUUUUAUGUUAAUUCUUGCCUUCAUGUGCGCGUUGGAGUGCUUUGGAAACUGAAACCUCUAAAUGUGUGGUUAUUUUAGCCUUCAGUUGGUUUGUAUAAUAAGUGAUAGUAGUACUAAGUCUUGUAUUUCAUACCGUUAUAUAGUUGUUUUCCUGCAGUAUUCACAUCGUAUAUGCUUACACAGAUUGUAUUUGUAUGCGUGUCUGGGUGCUUUGGAGCCUACAGUAAAGUUAUUGUUGAAUUUGCUUUCGAAGUGCUUUUUUCCCAUA